CCGUGGUUGCCAUGGUAACCAGAGUGUUUACAUUCUGCCAACACUGAAAUCACAUUGUUGGGGCGUUGUAGCUAACAGCUAAGUUUAAUGCAAUUCUGGUGAGAUUUAUCUAAACAUAUUAUGGUGGACGGGUUAAUGUUAAUAAUCUUCUUAGAAUGCCGCAUUCGAGGUAUUUUACACAACACGAAGUGUCCGUGCACAAUACAGUAGGAGACGCGUGGGUGUCGUAUCUGGGUAAGGUUUAUGACUUGACACCUUUGCUUGAAGAAUUCAAAGGCGAUGUACUUCUGAAACCGAUUAUUGAAAUUGCAGGCCAGGACAUCAGUCACUGGUUUGACCCGAAAACAAAAGAUAUUAUUACCCAUGUUGACCCUUUAACUGGCUGUGUGAAGUAUUGCACCCCCAGGGGGCGCUUUGUGCACGUGCCCCCUAUGUGCCCUCGUACUGACUGGGCCAAUGAUUUUGGGAAGCCUUGGUGGAAAGACAAGCGCUAUGAAGUUGGCAUUCUGACAACCAAGGCCCGCUGGAUCCGCAUCAUCAACACACUCAUUUCCCAGGAACAGAAGCUUGAGGUAUGUUCUGAGGAAACAUUGAGUGAGAUUUUGCACCGUUACCUGCACUACAACUCCCAUGCAGCCAGCUAUACCUGGAAGCACAAUGGUGUCAUUCUGGACAUGAGUAAAACUUUGAGUGAAAAUGGGAUUCCUGAUGAUGAUAAGGAAAUAGACCAUUGUCGGCUGGAUCGUGACCUCUUUACUCCAUCCAUAUGUCUGUACUUCAAUGACGACCUUACUGAACUUUGACCUCUAAAGUGCAGUACUGUGCAGAAUUUCUUUAAAAAACAUUCUACCUUUAAAAACAUACUAUAAAAAGCAGUAGACAGUAAUUAAUAAAACAAAGUCAAUAAUCGUUGUGACAACCUUUUUUUUAUAUAGUCUCGGGUACAAUGUGUGCAGUUUUAUAAGAAAUCAGCUACAGUAUUUAGUUUUACCGAGCAUCCUACAGAACCAGGCACAGUCUUUCUGGGGACUUUGUCACAUCUGCUUCUUUUUUUUCGUGCAUGCAAAACUCUUUCUUUUUUUCUUUGUCUAAAAAGUGGUCUUUUUUACAUAAUUUGCUGAUUUCUUUUCUGGCCUACAGAUAUUUUAUUGUAAUAUAUAUAAUUAUUUAUUUUUUUUUGCUGGAAUACUUAUAUUUGGAAAUCAGAAAUGUUUUUGUACUGACUUGAUGAUGAAGUCAUACAAUAACAAAGCUUUAACUUAAAAAUGCAAAGUGCCUAAGUCUUUUGCACAGUACUGUACAGCAUAAAUGCUGAUAUUUCAAAUUAAUGAAAUAUAUUCCUUCUCAAUCUAUUUAUUUAUAUUUUUGGGUAAAAGGGUGUAUAUAUUUUUUAAAUAAAUAUCCCAGAAACGUCUCUCAGUAUCAUAUUUCUUUCGGAAUAACAGAGCAUUUUCCAAGCCUUAUUAAUUCAAAAGAGGAAAAAAAAGGUUAAAAAAACACAACAAUGUACAUAAUCUCACCCUAGUAAUAAAAGGCCCCUGCUUGCCGUUCAUUUUAACAUUGCUUUAGUGAAAUAAUGGCAAGCAUUACAGAAUUGUUUAGUAGGAUAGAAGAUAAUUACUGUGGGUUCAUUUCACAAAAGCAUUACAAUAUUUCGCAAGUAUCAAAAGUGGAGAGGGAUUACAGACCACAUUUUCUUUAGAAAGCUUUGCUGUCAGAGGAUGCAUGCUCCUUACAAUUUUGUUUGAAUGACUACAAAAACAGCAUUUAAUAUCUUAAUGGAAGGGUGUUCUUUGUCCCUUAAAACAGAAGAAUAUCUCAACUAAAACCCACACACUAAAUGGUUAAUUUUUAAGCAACAUCUGAUGUAAAUCUGGGCAUGGCUGCGGCAGAGCGCCUCUCCCCCCUUCUUAGCCUCCCUCCAGUCAGACAGCCCCAAUAACGCAAAGCCUUUGCUCCAAAAUAGUUUUAUACAUCGGUGGGGGCCUUUAAGAAUAUCAAGGUAGCCAUGUUGGAUGGAUUUGUGUGGCUCUCUGCAGUGCAAAAAAAAAAAAGCGUCCGACUAAGAGAGCUUGUAUUCACUGUCAGGGGAAAAAAAGCAGACAAGUCUGACUUUAUGGUGGAUUUUCAGUAGAGAAAAGAAAAGCAAGUGAACGAGUUAAAAUCCAACUUAAGAUUAGCAAUAACACCCCCUUUUCACUGGAACAAUGUGAAUGUUUUUUU